AUGAAGAAGAAAAAAAAUUAUAUGUUAGUUGAUACCAGCAAAAUUAAGUUUGUUGAGAAUUCCGAAUCGGAAGAUGUUGAAUUUGAGGAUGAUGUCAAUAGUAGUAAUGUGGAAAACUUUAAUUCCGUGGAUGAUACUUUAAGUGAUAGUAACAAUGAAAGUAGUGACCUCAAAUCUACAAGCGGUAAAAAAAAAAAGAAAAAAAAGAAAAGUUUUGAUGAUAGUGAUAGUGAUAGUGAUAAUGAUAAUGAUAAUGAUAAUGGCGGUGAUGAAGACAAAGACGACGAAGUAGAAAACGAAAAAGAUGACGAUUUCAUAAAGAUAUCUUGGGAGAAAGAUAAAAGAAAUUACUAUCAAUAUGAAAGUGAAAAUUCGUCAAGUGAUAAUGAAGAAAACGAUGAAAGAAUAAAAGAAGCUAUUUAUCUAAAUAAAAAAGAAAAAGAGAAUUUGAAUGAAAAUGAUUUUGAUUUAUGUGACAUCUAUAUGACAGAAAAAGAGGACAAGAUUUUAGAAAAAAAAAAGGGGGGCCAUGGCAUAGAUGAGGAAGAGAACAUUAUUAAAAGACUAAUUAGCGAUGUGAGUAAGGAUUUAAAAGGCAAAAAAAAUGAAAUAACCUUAGAAGGUAAGAAUAAAAAGGAAAUUGAACAAAUAGUUAUGAGUGAACAACAAGAAUAUAAAAUUCUUUUAAAGGAGUUGUCUUCGAAUAUUCAAAAAGUUUUUAAUGAAAUUAAUGAUAAUAAAAAAUUAUUUGAAUUUAAGGAAAUUGAUGAAAAUAAUGUUAGUCCAUCUGAUAUUAAUAAGAAUACUUUACUUUAUCUUAAAAAAAAAAAUGAAACAAUGUUAACUUACAUUAUAUAUAUUACAUAUUAUGUGUUUCUUAAAAUUAUGAAUUGUUAUACUCAUAAUCACCCAGUACUAGAUAAAUUAAUAUAUAUGAACACAAUCAUUUCAAAAACAAAUGAUUUAGACAGUAAAAUAAAGUUCAAAAUUCAGCAGCUAAAUAAAUCCUCGGGUAGAGAGUUGGGCGAAUUAGGGUCAUCAAAAAAGAAUGGUGAGACUAUAUCUAAAAAGGUGAAGAUGAGAGAAAAUGUUAGUAAAGGAGCGAAUGAACUAGAGUUAGAUGACGUGGAAGAAGAUAGUGAGGAUGAGGAUAAUGUUGAGGAUGAAGAUGAUGUUAAUGAUACGGAAGAUAAUGAUGAGGAAGUCGAUGAUGAGGAAGUUAAUGAUGAGGAAGUUGAUGAUGAGGAAGUUGAUGAUGAGGAAGUUGAUGAUGAGGAAGACGAUGGUGACGAAGAUGAUGAUGAGGAAGACGAUGGUGACGAAGAUGAUGAGGCUCAGGAUGGCGAAGUAAAUGGUGAUAACGAAAAAUACAAAAACAAAAAAUAUAAAAUCAGCAAAAGCCUUAUAACGGAAUACACAGAUAGUCACAUAAGGGAAAAGGAGAAGGAAGAAAAGAAAAAGAAAAGGGAAAAAAUUAAAAAUGAGAGAAACGUAUUUUUAAAGGAAAUAAAAGAUAUGGUAUCAAAUAGACCAGAAAAAAUCGAAGAACAUAAUUAUAUGAAGAAAAUGGAGGAAAAGUUAAUGCAUUUUGAUGAAAAAAUUUUAAAUAAAAAAAUUAAAGCAUUAAAUAAAAAGAAAAACAAGCUGAAUAAUUUAAGUAACGUUGGAAUGACAUCCAAUGAUUUAUUGAAAUUUGUGGAAUUACCCGAAAUGAACCAAGAAGAGAAAAAUAAGAAUUUGGAAGAAAAGAAAAUUUUUAGAAGCAACAUUAAUAAAAUCAAACAAAUGAAGAAAAAUAAAUUAACAAAUAACGUGAAUGACGACUUUGUUUCCUUUAAAAAGUUUGACAAAAUUAAUAGCAGAUAUACCUCAUAUAAGAGUGAAGAUUACAAUAAUUCUAAUAAUGCUAAAUUUGGAAAGAACAUAUAUAAUGAAAUAGAUGAUGAAAAAAUCAAAAGUAUGAUAAGCUUUAAAAAAAAGAGAAAAGAAAAUAAAAAAUUAAACUUGGAACAAAAAAAUAGAGAAAUACGAAAAAAAUUAGUGGACGAAGAAAAUGAAAUAAGUGAUAGAAGAAUACCAAAUAAAAAUAUUAUACAAAAUAAGGGCUUAGUACGAAAGAGAAAAUCAACCGAUGGAAAUGCAAGAGUUCAUAACAAAAUUAAAUUUAUGAAAAAAAUGAAAACCUAUAAUAGUCAACAUCCAAAAUUAAAAGUUCAUGAAAAUAAUUAUUCAGGCGAAAAAAGAGGAAUAAAUCCAUACCUAAAAAAAUCCAUAGAUAUCAAAUAA